UUCAGUACCAUCUAAGAGUGCCGUAGUCCGCGAAGGCGCAACCGUCUCAGCCUGCACGGAUUUUCAUUGGCGCUGCGACGAUCCAGUCAACUAAUUGGAGCAACUAACUGUCCUUUUUCCAUUUUUAUAAGAAAACAUAUAUAUUUUUUUUAUUUUGCUGGGUUUUUUUUUUUCUUCGGAGGAAUAAUUUCUCUUGGCGUCCAGAAUAAUGGAGAAAAUGUCUCGACCUCUUCCUAUCAGCUCAACUUUCCUACCUCCGACUCAUGGUGUACUCAAAUCUCUGCUGGAAAACCCUUUGAAACUCCCGUUUCAUCACGAUGAAGGGUUUGGAAAAGAGAAGGAGAAAGAGAAGAAGUUGGAGGAGGAUGGCAGCGGGGUCAACGCGCCACAGUCUGCCUUCUUGGGGCCAACCCUGUGGGACAAGACCCUGCCGUACGAUGGUGACAACUUUCAGCUGGAGUACAUGGACCUGGAGGAGUUCCUCUCUGAGAAUGGCAUCCCUGCUAAUCCCCAAAGUGACCAAAGCCAACCCCCGCAGCAGCCUCUGCAGCAGCCCCCACCUGCACCUCCGACACCCUCAGUGGUUGACCUGAGCAAUCGCCCCACGACAUCUGUUCAUCCAGGAGACAUAGUAACACAGAACUGCCUCCCUAACCAGGGAAGAACAGGCCAAAUGCUGCCCUCAGCACGUAACACUCCCAGCCCCAUUGACCCAGAGUCCAUCCAGGUUCCGGUGGGCUACGAACCCGACCCGGCCGACCUCGCCCUGUCCAGCGUUCCCGGCCAGGAAAUUUUCGACCCGCGCAAGCGCAAGUUCUCCGCCGAGGAGCUCAAACCACAGCCCAUGAUCAAGAAAGCGCGAAAGGUCUUCAUCCCAGAAGACAUGAAGGAUGACAAGUACUGGGCAAGGCGCAGAAAGAACAACGUGGCAGCCAAGCGGUCGCGGGACGCCCGACGACUGAAGGAGAACCAGAUUGCCAUCCGCGCUGCCUUCUUAGAGAAGGAGAACACCGCCCUUCGUCAGGAGGUGGCCGACCUGAGGAAGGAGCUGGGUCGCUGCAAAAACGUUCUGGCCAAAUACGAGGCGCGACACGGUCCUCUGUGAAAAAGCCCCCCUCACCCUGUCCUGACAAAAAAAAAACAAAACAAACCCAACCAACAUCCCUUCCACAACACCUCCCCCCCCCCCCCCCCUCCCCUCCCUGUGUGAGAUCCAAGGACUAUGUGUGUCCCGUUUGGUGACACCAAUAUCCUCUUUCCCUUUCAAUCUCUUUCUCUUUAUCGCUAAAAUGUCUUUUCAAGAACCCUGUGACCCUCUUUGAUUCUUUCUCACGAUGAUGUUUAAUUCUGUCGUUUGCAUCUAUUUGUUAUUCUUUGUCUGUUCAUCUGUCCUCUUCCUGAUUCCCUACCUAAAUGUACACAUACAUGAAUAUGACAUACAUAGGGUAUGUACUGUAUAUCUCUGUAAUUUUGUCUUUAUUACGUUUUUUUUUUUUUCUUUCUCUCUUUCAUUUUCCUGCAUCCACAAGUUCGAUUUGGAAAUUAAGCUAUACGGUUUGUUCUCCUCUUUUUUUUUUUCUUAAUUGUUUUAUACGUAUAGUUCUGGCUGAGCACUGUGGGAGUUUGUCCCCCACUUUUGUACUGUCCUUUCCUAGUGCUGCUUUAGGAGUGAUAAAGCCCCCGCCCCCCAACACUUCUCACACACCUACACACAAUCCAGUUUCUCUACUGUCAAAAUUUCUCAGAGAAACCUUUAUGGACAUUCUCAUCUUUUUCGUUUGUGUCUCUGACGUCUUUCUUAAAUAGAAACAUGCAACAUUUUUUCCAGGUAUUACAGUUCUGAAAACAGGUGUUGUAUUUUUUUUUUUACAUCUCUGUUGUAUUUUGGUUUAAUAGUGAGACUUUAUUUUCGUUAGGAUCUCUCCGUCUCUCUCGUGUCGGGUAUUAAUUUAACACUAGCUGUUUAAUGAAGGUCCUGUGGUCGUUCUUCUUUGUUGUGCUUCAUUUUAUAUUUUCAUCUUAAGUCAUUAGUGCUCGUGCUUUCCAAGACUGUCACCAGAAGUACUUGUGUAUUAUUACUUUUUUUUUUAUUACUGCCGAACACCAGCGUCAUUUUACCAUCAUCUCACCAUGGAGCAAUAAACCGGCCCAAUCAGAGCAUUAACCAAGGAGACAAUAGCUCAGCUCCUCACAUGGCAUCCCUUACUUCUGACUGGCUGCCUGUCUCAAAACGCUGACACUGUUAAAAAAAGGCUUCUUUUUCAGACAAGUCCUUUUUCUUUCCCUGUCUGUCUUUUUUUUUUUUAAGAACUCGGGAGUGUUGGGGAAAGACAUCCCUCCAGAAUGCUGAAUCUCCUAAUGUUGGAGUCUUUUUGUCUUUGCUCCCCUCCCCUCCCCAACACCCCACACCCCCACCUCCCUCGCUCUCAGCUACCCCCCCCCCCCACUAAUGCGUGUUCCACAAUCCGAUCUGGUGCAAUGUUUCUACUUCCUCGGUCUAAUCUGCCCGAUAGUUAUGGAAAGUGUUUGGAAUGGGGGAAAAAAAACCCCUUUGAAAUCUGUUGUUAGAAAACAUUAUAAUUACGCCUAUUGUUGCUGUUGUUAUUAUUUGUAUUGUAAUUAUUAUUAUUAUUACUAUGAUUUCUGGUUAAAUAUUUCAGCAUGACUUCUACUUCAGAGCACAAACCUCAAGCUAACCGUUAACUCGUUUUCAGAGUGGAAGAAGACUCUACUUUCCUUUCCUUUCCUCUCUUUUUCUCUUUCUUUUUGUUUUUUUUUUCUUUAGCAUGACUAUCAGGAGCGGUAAUUUUUAAAUCUAUACUUACAGAUAUACGUUGUCAUUUUGUAACUAUGUGUUUGCCUUCUUCUAAGAUGGCAGUAUGAAUGUACUGAAUGUGUAAGAUG